GCGUAUGACGAAAAUAGUGGAAUGCUCGUAGCGAUUUUUGGACACACCACGCGUUGGGGUCUUUGAGGAACAAUAUCUUUCCCUUAAGUUUUAAACAGGAAAUGGGAGGGAGUAUUAUCUCUAGUUCGUCGUGCGGAUCCCCCGGUGGCGUUUGUUGUUGUGUGGGUGGAACGUAAACAAGUGUGUAGCAGGUAGCGUGUGACAGCAGGGACAGGGGACCGCGUCUUUGGCCUCGAUAGACUAUGUGUUGACCUUGACGGACCAAAGAGUAUGGUGCAAUCUUCAGUGAAACCACUAGACAGACACAUGUGUGAAUGAAUCUGCCAUCCCUUUUGGAUUUCUGAGAUAGGUGCCAUUAUGUACCAUCCUACUAUUUUUACUCAGACGUUAAACAUGGACUUGGAGUCUGCUUUGGCAGCCAUGAAAAGACCAAGAGGGCGACCACCUAAAAGCUCCUAUCAACAGGAUAGUAAUGGCCUAAAACCUCGAGCUAUUCGACCAAGACCAGCUGAAGAACUGUAUGAUUCUUGGAGUCCUAGCAGAGAAGAGAGAAGCCAAAUCCAAGGAGCCAUGGACAUUUUAGCUGCAAGAAACAUCAGUGUGGUUCCUGUUAUGAAUCCUUCCCCUGCUAGUCGAGAGGGCUCUCCCCCACUUGCUGCCACUAGUGCUGGCCCAGCUCCCGCAACAACUCCUCCAGAAUAUGAAGAUGCUGAGCCUGACCCAGACCCUGAUCCAGAUAUGGACUUUGCUCCAAUGUUUUGUGAAGUGAUAGUAGGCCAGUCAGAUGCGCAGAGCUCUCAGCCUGAUUCUGAGCUAAGUAUCACUCCUCGCGUAGUUAUUGGAUCUUCAUCGCGCCUUGACAAAUGCUAUCGUUGUGAUUUGUGUCCUCGAUCCUAUUCAUCUCGUGCUGGACUGUGGUAUCACAAGAAAGCACACUCAGGUGACAAACAAUAUUCUUGUUAUGUCUGCUUUAAACGGUUUUCUCAAAAAAGCCACCUUGAAGUUCACAUAAAGUACCAUCGUAGUAGGGGUCAGGCUCCCCCUUGGGAUCCAGACAAUGAUGUACUAAACUCAGUACGUCAGUCAGAUGAAGAAGAAGUGGGUGACUCUGCAGCUGUUGGUGCAGAGGUUGAAAUGGAAGUUACUCGUCGCUCGCAAAGCCCAAUGAAACGAUCUGCAACUGAUAAUGGGCGUAGAGACAGUCCUAGGAAUAGUCCGGUUGGCAGGUCAAAUCAAUCCUCAGAGCCGAAUUUUGCCCAAAUGUUUGUUGAAUCAAUGUUCAGCAAAGCUGAUGAUGUUGCCGGGGGUGCUGCCCAACAAGCUAUUCGCCAUGGUUCAGCCCGUUUCAAUGACCUGAUAAUAUCAGCCAUCCCACCAUCAGUACCACCACCUGAGCCGCGCACGCUUCAGUCUGCACAAAUCCAAGCUCUUUUGGCUAAAAGCCCUAAACUUGACAAAUGUUAUAAAUGUGAGCUAUGCUCAAAUACAUAUUCUUCACGAGCUGGCUUAUGGUAUCAUCGCAAAACUCAUUCAGGUAACAAACAGUACCUUUGCAAAGUCUGUAACCAAAAGUUCACUCAAAAAGGUCACUUACAAGCGCACAUGCGCACGCAUGAAGUAGACCACCCGUUUGCAUGCACUCAUUGUGAUGCAACUUUCAAUGACAGGGUCAGUUUGGAAAAUCAUAUGUUCACCCAUACCCCUGGGGAAAAACCGUUCACAUGUCGCCACUGUGGGGAGAGGUUUGAGCGACAACUGCAGUUGAUACAGCAUGAGCGAACACAUGCUGUUAACAAACCCCUAAAAUGCCCCCACUGUGAAAGGAGCUUUGCUCAUAAAAAUAAUUUGGUCAAUCACAUGCGUGUUCACCGCUCAAGUGCAGAUCUUGCAAAAAUUGGAAUUUGAGUGGCUAUUCGUAACAAUUUAUAUGAAUUGUUGAUCUACUUUCUCUUGGCAUCAUAAUGUGCUGAAAAGGGUAAAACUACUGUAAGACUUUUUGCUGAAACCAGUUCCAUUGUAAGUGGAUAUUCACCAAUUAAGAAGUAUUGACUUUUGUAAUGUAUAGUGUAAUAAUAGUAUUUGUUGCCUACCAUACUGUUCUUUGUAGAAAUUUCUUGGGCCCUCUUUUUUUUUUCUUCUUAUUAUUAUUCCUGUUUGUUGUUUAGUACAAUAGGGUCACAGAUUGUAAUGCUCUCUUUUUAGUUUCAGAGGCAAGUAAAUAGGAACUCAAGUAUGACACUGUCUAAUUAUGUUGUAGCUAGAAUUUUAACCAAGUUGUUGCUCUUGCACUAUUACUCUCUUGCAACAGUUGACGCUUACUGAACAAAUGUGACCUAAGGAGUUCCAUUUAAGUCCAAAGAUCAGUGGCAUCCAAAUAUUUAUUGGCAGCUUAGUUAUUCUUGUUUCUUUGUUUUACGUUAUUAAUUAUAGUGUUAUGAUAUACCAUAAAUAUUAUUUUAACUAUUAGAUGUAAAAAAUGUUAUUACUAUUCUAAGCCUAAUAUGAACAAAAGAUUUGAAGGACUGCAUGACUUAUACUGCUGAACAAUGACUAGAGUAGAGUAAUCAGCAAAAGCACCAAAUAAUGUUAGUUUUCUACAAGUAAAUGGUAGGUAGUGCUACUCUCAGCUCAUACAUUGAGACGUAUGUAACUGUUUCACUGGUUCCUGCAAUUAUUUAUAAUCUGUUUUUUUUUGCAAGGAGUGUAUUCUGGGCAUUUGUGAUUCACACAUAACCAUUUUGUAUUAAGCAUCACGCACAUAGCUAGGAAUGUGCUCAUGUUUUCUAAACAUUGCUGUUUAUUUCUUGCUCUUUUAAUGUGAUUGUGAUGGUUUUUUUUAAUUUUUUUAUGUUUUUUAAAUUUUUCAAUAGGGUUGUAGAAAUCAGAUAGUAGAAUCUACUUUGGAUAUCCUGUUAUGUAUUUUUGUUGUACAUAAAAGACGUUUACUAAGACCUAGAAGUGUUAAGUUUCUUGAGAUGUACUCUUCAUUGCCAAAUAUGGCAGCAGGGCCUCGUCAUGUCUCUUGUGAGAUUGUGGGGUGGUUUCCAAGGAGAGUGGAAUGAGUGGAUAUGAGCGGCGAAAUUGAGAAGAGAUCACUUCCUAACAACCUGUGAUUAUUUAUGAAUCACUACAAAAGUAAGCUGACUAAGAAUAUAGAAAUGUAGGUGAUGGGUGUUAUAUUUUCAUGUAAAUUGUGUUUUUAAAAAUAGUAUCUUCUAUCGAUUUGGAUCUGUGGGCAGUACAACAAAAUUGACUUGAAGUUUGUUAUUUUAUUGUUACCUUAACAAAAAUGAUAUAGCACACUACUGCAUGUACCACAGUCAGUCAGUAUGCUCUAAAACUAGUACUUGAAGACACAUUCAUUACUCAAUUGAUUAGCAGCUCCAACAAGGAAAUCAUUUAUAAAAUCACUUUAGAAGGUUGAAUUUUAUCCUAUUUUCAGAGCUUUGUAUAAUUAUUUUGUUACAUGAGUGCCCCUGCACUGGAGUGCUACACAUGGUCGCAUCCUCCAUUUGUAAUCCGAUGAGGCACUUUACAAGGGUGGUGUGAUUAUUUGUGGUAAAAUCCAUAAGCAAGCAAUGUGCGGACUUAAAAAUGACUGUUCACUGUAUACUUUACAUAGGAAUGUACGACAGUGACUAAUGUUCCAAGAAAUAUAGUGAUGCAUUUGCUACGAAAUUUUUCAUGUUUGUAUUAGUUUUAUUUUAGUCCUAAUAGUUUCUUCUACGUUGUUUCACAACAAUUGAUGGAUGGGGUAUUGAUGAACUGACAUCUGAGCCUCAUUGCUGGGCUUUUUUUUUUCUUUUUCAUUUUUGUUAUUUCCUCAGCUCUAAAAUUUCAUAGCUUGGAAAAUAAGUGGAACAGUGUGCAUACAAAUCUUGUCUCAAAAAAUUAUUUCUUGGCCUUUUUUUUAAAAAAAAUUUAAAAUAAAAGUAAGCAGUUCUUGUUCUUUUGCCUUCUUCUUAAAACGAAAAACAAACGAACAUCCUUGUUUUAAUUUAGAAAUGCAUUGCAUUGCUGUGGGUUCUUGAGUGAAUUUGAAUCCUUAUGGACUGACCAUCCUGUUUAUCUGAUUUCAAAAGUGGCAUUUGUGCCUUGAUUUUUGUAGUUAGAGGUGUAUUUUAUAGGCUGUUAGCGUCUUCUCGGCAGGGUUCUAUUAAGACUCCACAUUGAAUAUGAGAAAGUAGCUGGUGCACAGUUACAUUGAAACUCACUGAACAUUGUUAUUUGGUUAUAGAGUGUAAGUUUGCUAAAUAUUUUGGCAUUGUUGAUGUGAAAAGAAAGCCUUAGAGGUAGAUAUUCAACUGAAUUAGGGCAAUAAUGUAGAUUGAGGGUAACGGCCCUCUGUAACUUUAUGGGGCAUUUUGCUCAUUUAGUAAGACAAUACAGUAAAAGUCAAAUUGUAUUUCCCCUAUGAGAGUGGAGACAGUUACAUUCAAAGUGCAUUUUUGUGGUUUCCCUUUCUGCCUAAACCUCUAUCAGCAGCUGUGGCUUUUUUUUUUUUUGGAGACUUGUUGUGAGAAAUGUUUGAGCGUUUUGUUCCAUGUAGAAGUGUAAUGAGUGAAUGAUAGUGUGACAGAUUGAUGGAAACCUCUGUGUUUUCAUGUCAACAUUUUUGGCGCAUCCUUAAAUUAUUGACUUCCCACUGCUUGCUCAAUCCAAGAUCAGGAAACUGUUUCUUUAAUAUCAAAAAUCAAUUUGCCAGUGGUUAUUAUUUUCUUUCUUUUCCUCAAAUCAAACUGUGAAUCAAUAUUUAAAUCUUGUUAUUUCUUAAUGAUUUUGAACUCUAUUGCUCUCUCUAUUCCCUUUGUAUGUUAACAGGAGUCAAAUGUAAUGUUUGAAGACUAAUUUUGGACUGUUUCAAGGCGGGCAGAUUGAGGAAGUGAAGGGCUAUUGGCUGUGCUUUUGGAUUGGUUGUUGAUGGAUAUCUAGUUUGGGCUAGGAAGGAGGUAUAUUGGCGUAAUGUUCCACUAGUGGAUCUAAGUACGAACAGAGCACAAUACUAGUUGGAUGUAGCAUUAAAAUGUAUUGCACUGUGCUAACAUUGUAACAUGAGAAACACUGCAAGAUAAGUUUUAUUUUUAAUUGCAGUUAUUACAAGGAGUCUAGUCAUUUUUGUAUUAGUUGUCAAUUAAUUUAUUCCCCAAUGAAUGUGUUUGCAGGUGGUCUUGAUUUGGGAAUGAUUUUGCAGUAAGUGCUUAGAUCUGCCCCCACCCCUUAAAAAAAAAUUAAAAAAAUUUUCACCAAGUUUUUGAAUUUUAAGUUUUGGGUUUUAGCUGUCAGGGCUAUUAAAAUUUCCAGAUUCCAUUUCCUUGCUUACCUUUCUACGCCUUUUUCAUGGCUGUUGCUUCUCUACUUCAAUCAUUUGUUUGUUGUAUUUUUCCUUAAAUUUUGUACUAACUUGUUGGCACUUGCUAGAGAGGCUCUGCCAUGUCAAUGUUUCUUUUGCAUCAUCAUUGGACAUGAUCUUGUAAUAGUUAUUUUGUACCAUAGGUUUUUAUGUUUUGAAAAAUAUGUUUAGACUAUGAUUUUUUUUUCAUUUUGUAAGUUAUAAUUAAAUUAUGUGAUAAGA